AUGAAACUCUUCCUGGUUGCUCUGUCCUGCUUGGUGUCGUUGGUUUUGGCGAAGGAACCGAUCCUGUUGCACUACCACGAGAAUGUGGGCAUCUCCUUGGCCGAGCGCAUCAGGCAGUCGGAGCUGGCCGCCGAUUUCGACGGCUCCAGGAUAGUGGGAGGCUCAGCGGCCUCUUUAGGAGCCUACCCUCAUUUGGGUGGGCUGGUGAUCACCUUAACCUCCGGCCAAACAUCCGUGUGCGGCUCGUCCCUCUUGAGCAACACCCGCUUGUUAACGGCAGGCCACUGCUGGUUCGACGGUCGCAACCAGGCUCGUGAGUUCACCGUCGUGCUGGGCUCCACGCGCCUCUUCUCCGGCGGCACCAGGGUCAGAACCAGCGACGUGCAGACCCACUCCAACUACAACACCAACACUCUCAACAACGACCUCGCCAUCAUCAAGACUCAAUGGAUCAACUUUAACAACAACAUCCGCCCCAUCAACCUGCCCUCCGGCUCCUUGUUGAACAACAACUUCGUGGGCGCCUGGGCACAGGCCGCCGGCUUCGGAAGAACCAGCGACUCCACCGGCAUCUCCAACAACCAGUUCCAGAGCCACGUGAACCUGCAGGUGAUCACCAACUCGGAGUGCCGGCGGUCGUUCGGGCCCACCAUCGUGUCCUCCACCCUCUGCACGAGCGGCGCCGGGGGCCAGAGCACGUGCGGCGGGGACUCCGGCGGCCCGCUCUCCAUCAACAACGGUGGCAACACUGUUCUCAUUGGAGUGGUGUCCUUCGGUUCAGCCCGCGGCUGCCAGCUGGGCUACCCCGCCGGAUUCGCCAGAGUGACCUCCUUCGUCUCCUGGAUCCAGGCCCGUCUGUAG